GCGAUCAGGGUGAGUAUCUUCAGAGGAGCUCGCAGCUCUGGACUUGUCUUCAUCCUGUUUCCUUUUUGUUUCACAGCUUGGCUGUUUGAUUUUUUUUCUGUUCCCAGAUGUGGUUUGAUUUAGUUUGUUUUUAAAAGCUGUUCUUGAAAUCCUUACACAGUAAAUCUGCUCCACCUUCAUCUGCUCUGUUUCUAUUUUCAUGCUUUUGUUCACAUUGUGUUUCAAAGUUGCUAAACUUUUUGGAUGUUUUUAAUCCACUGAUACCUGAGUUAUUUUCAGCUAUGAAAAAUAAUGUAUUUAUGUUUUUUAUUUAAAGACAAAAUUCAGCGAAUGAAAGUAAUUUUGGGGCUGAAAUGGUUUAAUGAGGUUUGUGUUAUAGGCAUCAAGGAGUUAAUUUGUGCAACAGAUACAACAUACAGAAAGUGAAAAUGUAUCAACAAGGUUUUAAUAAAUGCAGUCGUCAAACUUAACCUGCUGCUUUCCUAAAUGAGCAACAGACCUCCAUGUGAAUGACAGUAUUUCUGUAAUCUAGUCCAGCUGUCAAACUGACUGCCGUCUCUUCAUCAGCUCCACCUUUGGUCCAGUUUCUGCGGUUGGAUCCAGAUCUGGUUCAAGCAUGCGGAUUCACUCAGACAUUGCAGUUAAUUUCAGGCGCAACCUCCCCCUCAGUCCAACCUGGUUCAGGGAGAGGAUGCAGAGGAUGGUGAAGCACCCCGGCCCCCCUCCUGUGGAGGUGGACCGUCUCUCUGUGAGUGAUGGAGGCCAGCCUCCAGAGUCUUCAGCAGGAAAUGCUACAUUCAAGCAGCUUCUGGAGGGGCAGUGUUUCCACGAGGCCACCCUGCAUCUGAUUAGCAGAGAAAGCAGUCUGCUCAGCCAGACAUCGGAGGAAGAGAUGGACAAGCUCGCUGCAGACCGAAGCCACCUGGAAAGCCUGGUUCUGCAGUGUUUACAGCAAAGCCUGACCCUGGCGUCUGCAGAGGUCAACGGGGAGGCCUCGCCGUCUGCUCUGAGGUCUGCGGUACAGGCCAUCUACCUGGAAGAGAAGCAGGAUGUGCUGAGGAGAGAAAAAGGAUGCCAGAAUCUCAGUCAGUGGCAAAUGCUCCACGACUCCACCCUGCGCAGCCUGGUGCAGGAUCGACUGGAGGGUCUACAAAUGGGCGCCGUAGGUCAAAAGAAUCAGUCGCACAUCCAGUCCCACAUCCAGAGCAUGGGCAGGCAGCUGAGGGAAGACCUGCUGUUGGUGGUCAGGCAGGUGAAGGCGUGCUACCCUCCAGAGGCAAAGAUCUGCCACUUCUAUGCCUCGCUGUAUCACCAGAGCCUCAGUACCACACUCACAGAUAUUGUGGAGUUUGUUCUGGAUGACCAGGACUGUUCUUUCAUCCUGCGCUGGGUCAACGAAUACUACCCGGGGAUCUUUGAAAACCCGGAGCUGGCCUGUGAGGUUGAUACUGCAGCUCUGGGAAAGCUGCUGCCCGAGGAGUCCCUGCGGAUUCUGGAGGAGCAGCACCUGACCAAGCAAAAGGAUGAACUGUCAACAUUCACAAGCCGAGUCCUGGAGGAAGAAGUCAGAAAGUGGAACCAGGGAGCCGAGCCCAGCACAGAGGAAGGCUGCUGCGUCAGUCAUCUGGCCUACGAUGUCAUUCAGUUCAUUAACGGGAUGGUGACGGCAGCAGAAACGGUUGUGAGAAGCCUGCGGAAAGCCCAGACCAUAACACUCCCUCUCCUGGAUUUAAUGCAGAGGUAUAAAGUGCAUCAAGAAGAGGCCAUCAAACAGAACAGAGCCAACACAAAGGCCAACAUGAAAGCCAAUCUGGGCUGCGUGGAACAGUUCAGAGACUUCCUUCGCAACAAGACACAUUUGUUCCCUGAGAAUGUGCAGGAAGGCUGUUUGCGUGUCCUGACUGACAUGAAACAGUCUGCAUGCAAUUAUUUAUUAAGCUCCGUGCACAAACGACUGAAGCCACAGUACCAGAAGCUGGGAACCAGUGAUUGGCUGAAGAAGAACAGCUUUCAGAAGCUGCUGGAGGCUUUGGAAAAGGAGCUGCAGCAAUUCCAGGAUGCGUCCCCCACCUGCCGGCAGGAGCUGAUUGGACAGUUUCACCAGGAAGUGACAGAGGAGUACGUCCGGAGGCUGCUGCGAGGAGACGUCAGGCUGAAGGCCCGGGAGCAGCAGGAGCGGGCGUACGCCGUUGUGAUGGACAAUGCUGAGAGUCUGCACCGCCUCUUCACCAAAGAGGGGUCAAAGGAGGACUGGCUGAAGGAAAUCCUGAUCAAGAUCGCAGAAGUGCUGAAACUGCAGGAUGUUCCUGCCAUCCAGAUGCAAGUGGCUUCACUGGGAUCCACCUACCCUGACCUCAGAGAAGCCCACGUUUCUGCUCUGCUCAAGCUGAAAGCAAACCUCUCCAAAGCCCACAGGAAAACCGUCAAAGCCACUCUGACAGACACUUUGAGAGAAAGGGUUCCUGGGAAUGGAGAUCGGCUGUUUUUCUCCAACAUUGAGGCCAAAUGAAGGGUCUCUGCUGGGAGCUGAGCUGCACCGUGUAGCCUGGGUCACUUCUGUUAGCAUGCUAACGUUUGUAAGCUGUAGGGUAAACGUCACUGUGUGCACAGGACAAAGCUUGGUUCAGUACUGUAAAUGCCACUGGUGUGCAUGAAUAAUGUGCAGAGUUAAUAAGUGUAGAGUUUAUUUUUAUAUUGUAUUGGUGCUUCCAGAGCAGCUUUAGGGGAUUCCUGCAGAAAGUCUGCGGAUAUUUGUGUCCCAUGUAAUGCUAGUUCUGCUGCAUCUCAAGUUCUCUUUUGUACCUAAAAUGAAAUGAAUAAACGUGAUGAAAUAAAAUGA